AUGGUGACAAGGCUUAAAGGAGCUAGGGAUUUUGGCGAGGUGCUGGUGGUGUCGGCUGGGAGUUUACUGAGGCCAACCACGAGGGGUCUCCCAAUUCUCCCUAAUUUAUUUGCUAAAACGUUUGUGGGCUUGGCAUUCGAUAAACGUUCCUAUUAUGAUGCUCUUAUGUUGGAAGUUCGUCAGGCUAAGAGGCCAAUCUUGAUUCCCUAUGCGCUAUCGGGUAGGGCCUAG